ACUGUCUGUUUUUCAAACAGCUGUUUGGAUCAGGGCCGCCGUGCGUAAAACAUGUCAGCCGCACCCGGACAUCCUCCAGGUCUGUCGGCUCGUAAAACACAGCGCGCCUCUUCAUGUUGCGACAUUGAUGCUGCAGAUGAAGUGGGAGGAAACAAACAGCUCUCACACACUUUUCUUAUUCAUUAGAGAAGUUGACGUCUCACCAGCGCAGAACACAAAGAUGAGCGCCGCAAAGAAGGGCAAGAAGGACACAGAAAAGAGGUCCAAAAGUAGUCUCGACACUUCGACUCCACACAUGGACGGCGUCCCUGCAGACACGCUCAGUAAGGUGCAGAAGUACCUGGAGUGUUUCCACCUGUCUCUGGUGAAGCUGCAGGAGGUUUCCGCUCGGCUGAGGAAGGAUCUGGUUCGAGGUUUGGGGAAACACAGUCACUCCAAGGCGCCUGUCAAGAUGCUGCCCACCUUCGUCAGGGCCACGCCGGACGGGACCGAGAAAGGUGACUACCUGGCGUUGGAUCUCGGUGGAACAAACUUCCGAGUGCUUCACGUCCGUGUGGUGGAGGAGGAGCAGAAAGUGCUGAAGAUGGACAGUCAGAUCUGCGCCAUCUCGAAGGAAAUUAUGCAGGGGACUGGGGAACAGUUGUUCGACCACAUCGCCGCCUGCCUCAAUGAUUUCCUCGUCUCCCAGAAUCUGAAGGGACAAACUCUUCCUCUGGGAUUCACCUUCUCCUUCCCCUGCGAGCAGAAAGAAAUCGACAAGAGCAUCCUGAUCCGCUGGACCAAAGGCUUCAACUGCUCCGGAGUUGUGGGCAAAGACGUGGUGCUGUUACUGAAAGAGGCCAUUAACAGGAGAGGGGUCAGUCUCACAUGGGGGUUAUUUAAAGAUGUAGAAUAAUCUGAAAAUGACUUCAUCUUUUUCUUCAUAAGUCCAGUUAAAAACACAAAGAACAGAACAAAUCUUGGGAGUUUGGAUCCACUUAAACCGACGAGAAGUCCAGAAAUAGUUAAGAUGAUGCAUCGAACUUAAACAGCAAAGUAGCAUGCAGCCCAGCCUGCGUUUAUUUCCCAGAAUGCACCUCUAAAAUCAUUCAUUUGUGCUGUAAAGGGGCGACAUGUGGUCAUUGAUCCUUUUGCAUGUUUUUGACGUGAUAUUUCUGGACGUACAUGAAGCUGUUUGUUUGUUUGUUGUCUCUGAUUUACAGCGACGUGACAUUCUGUUGGUCUGUGUAGGAAGGUUAUAUAGUGUACACAUUAUAAAUGCCCGG